GCCUUCAAUGCUGGGAGCGCAUAAAACAUGGUUACAAAAUAUAUACCUGUAUGUUACAUAAAUAUACAACUGGUAUAGUAUAUAAAACGUGUCAGCAGUUCUGAAUAUACAGACUUCAAAUGACAAAACAAAUCAGAUACCCGUGCUAUGAAAAGUAGGCCACGCUGACAUCAUUGUUUAGUUGUGGUGUGACAUCAUAAUGAACGAUCGCUCAUUGGUUAAUCACAGAUUAAAAUGUACUGUAUGUUCAGUAUGUUCAUCUAGUAUGUUCAUAUGGGCGGUAUAAAACGUUAGGCAGUUUUUGACGUCAUAAACGUUACCGUGACACAAACGGUCACUGCACCCGGAGAUAAAAAACAAAAAACACAAGUUUACCAAAGUGAUUAGUUACAUGAAGGUGAUCGCAGUAUAGCCUACAUCAAUGGUUGCUUUAUUUUCAAUAUUCGCUUCGCUAGUUCCGCAACCGGUUUCGAAUUCCGAAUCAGAACCGAUGUCGGAUAAAAGCGGAGCAGUCUGGGCUAGGGUCCGCACUGUCAUGCUCAAAAACACGGGGUUUAGCCCCGCGGUGAGCAGUAAUUCAAACCCCCAAUUGGAAUUAUUAGACUUGUAUUGGCUUGGCGAGGAUGGCAUUCUGUAUGGUUUUAUCGCGGUUCUAGCAGUAGUAUUUUGCUUGAUUUUCAUAUACAGGGAUCGAGUGCAACGUCAACUACGCGAGCUGCGUGCGUCGCUGCUGGAAGGCUUCAACGUGUGUCGAUACCGUCUGAGUUCAGUUCGGCUUCCAGGCGCAGUGAAGCGGUUAACGGUGGUCGAGAGAAGGAGGUUACGACGGGAGCUCGCUCUCCAGAACAAGGUCCUGAGGAAGAUCCAGCACUUGGAGCAAAAGGUGCAGGCGAUGGAGGAAUUGGUUAUGAACUACACACAGAAGAAACGCCAGAAUCCCUAUUCCCGGCGCGCCGGCAGGCUGGCCUCGCUUGACCAAUGUUCCGAUAGUAUGGCUGAAGCAGACUGCUCCAGCCCGGGCUGCAGCUCCGGAGAGGAGGGCGGGAUAGAAAGCAAACAGAGUUUCUCAGCGUGAUGAUAAUGACAUUAAACAUGAAGCAAGCAGGAACUAGGAUCGCCAAAACUGCAAUAAAGGAUCGCCGCUGUAAACUAAUUGUAUUUGAUAUUGAUGUGUAGUGCUAGGAUUAUGAAGUAUAAAAGUGAUUUAUUUUUUG